AUGACUGAUACAACUACAAAGACCGUUCCGGUCCGGACCAUGCCCCCGGCCGUUGACAACGACCAUGAUCACGACCACAGCGAUGUGGAAAGCCUCAAGGCUGCAGCCAUAUUCCACAAGGCUCUUCGUAUGGGAAGAGUUGAAGAGAAGGGUAUUCAGCCUAUUCCCGUUGAAGAGCGUACCGCAACACGCUUCUACAAUAUUUUUACCAUCUGGGCGUCCAUCAAUUCUAAUAUUCUCGGCAUCACUUUUGGAAUGCUAGGUCCCUUAGUGUAUGGUCUGAGCUUGAGGGACUCUGCGCUCAUCAUCCUCUUCUUUUGUCUCUUUUCGACUGUUGGUCCAGCUUAUCUCGCCACUUUUGGACCAAAGACGGGAAUGAGGCAGAUGAUUCAGGCACGAUAUAGUUUUGGACGCUAUCUCGUUUCUAUUCCUGUCUUGCUCAACCUCGCCACGCUUACAGGUUUCAUGGUUAUCAUCUUUGUCGUUGGUGGCCAAUGUCUCUCCGCUGUAUCAAGCGGCCACUUGAGCCCCGACGUCGGCAUUGUCAUCAUUGGAAUACUAUCUCUCUUCAUCUCCUUCUGCGGCUUCAAAGUUCUGCACUACUACGAAACCUACGCCUUCAUCCCUGCCAUUAUCGCAAUCACUAUUGCCACAGGAUGCGGCGGUUCACAGCUUUCCAAGCAAGCAACCCCCGCAGCGCCAGCGACUGCAUCGGCCGUUCUCAGCUUCGGCAUGAUUGUCGCAAGCUACAUGAUUCCCUGGGCUGCUAUCGCGAGUGAUCUCACAACCUACUUUGACCCCAAGGUUCCCUCGUGGCGCGUCUUUGCCUACUCCUACCUCGGUCUCGUCACACCUACCAUUCUUCUCAUGACUCUUGGUGCUGCUAUUGCUGGAGCUUUGCCCAACGUUCCUGAGUGGUCGGCUGCGUACGAUGAGACAGCCGUGGGAGGUGUUCUUGCAGCUAUGCUUUCAAGUGCUGGUGGCUUUGGCAAGUUCGUGGUUGUGAUUUUGUCUCUUACUCUGUUGGGUAACACUGGCGGUACGAUGUACGCCAUCACACUCAACUUCCAGACUCUCAUCCCUGGACUUAUCAAGAUUCCCCGCUACGCCUUCGCUGUGGUAGUCACUGUCAUUGUCAUACCAACUGCUCUUCGAGCUCAGCGUGAUUUCUUCGUCAACCUCGAGAACUUUGUCGCUUUGAUUGGAUAUUGGUCCGCCUCUUUUAUCGGAAUUGUUACGGUCGAGCAUCUUGUCUUCCGCAAGGGUCGCUAUGAUUCUUACGACCACGCUAUCUGGAACAUUGCUUCUGAGCUGCCUCUGGGUAUUGCGGCCAUCGCCGCAGGGAUUAUUUGCUACGCGCUGGUUGUGCCGUGUAUGGCACAGGCUUGGUGGACGGGACCAAUUGCCAAAACAACUGGUGAUAUCGGUUUUGAGAUUGCCUUUGUUAUGAGUUCGGCGUUUUACGUGCCUUUUAGAUACCUUGAGAAGCGUCUUUCUGGAAGAUGA